UGUGUGAGAGAGAAAAAAAAGAAAGAAUUUCAAGCAAGCAGGGAGCGAGCGAGCAUUUUGUAACAAAUUUACGUGUGUGUGUGAUUUGUAAUUCGCAAUGAAUAAUGGAAAAUAGGCCGAACAAUUCGAUUGAUGUUAUAGUGCCAGAAUUGUACUUUCUGAUAUCCAAGUUUUUGACAGCAGGCCCGCUACAAGACACUGCCAAGGUCCUAGUGCAGGAAUUGGAGCAAAAGAAGGUAUUGCCCCGACGCAUUGACUGGCUGGGAAAUGAGCAUGAACAGACCUUUGCCGAAUUGGAACAAAAAUACGCUCAUAUUGGCUCGAAUCAUUUGCUCGAAAUAUGCUCCCGCCUUGGACCAUUGGUGGACCAGGAGCUGGCCCCAAGUGUGCCCGGUAUCAAUUCACUUCUGGGCACCGGUCGUCAGAAUUUGCUUCGGACCAAGGAAUCAGUCUAUCGGUACCGUUCCCUAAGAGACUACUGUACACGUUUGCAUGGUGUUUCGCUUCCUGAUUCCACCCUUUCUAGGCCCAUCAACAAUCUAACCAAAGUCCUUACCGGACGAGAGCAUGGGGUUCAUGUGCGUCGGAAACAGCUGGUCCCCACAGAUCUAUAUCGCAAGACAAAACUACUUCGACGCACUGUGGGUCACCUCUCCUCGGUUUAUUGUGUGCUUUUCGAUCGUACGGGACGUUACAUCAUAACUGGAGCAGAUGAUUUGCUUAUUAAGAUUUGGUCAGCAGCGGACGGCCGUUUAUUGGCCACUUUGCGUGGGGCGUCAGCGGAGAUUACAGAUAUUGCCAUUAAUUUGGAUAAUACCAUGCUCGCAGCGGGUUCUGUGGACCGCAUCCUAAGGGUGUGGGAUAUGCAAACCACUUCACCCAUUGCCGUUCUGGCUGCCCACACAGGCAUGAUCACAUCUGUGAACUUUUGUCCAUCGCCAAGGAGCGAUCUAAAAUAUUUGGUCACGACCAGCACAGAUGGCUCGAUUGCUUUUUGGCAGUACUCAACGCCUCGGGGACAGAAAAUAACAUUUGCUCCAAAGCCCACGCAAUAUCACGAGAAAUUGCGACCGGGUCAGGCUCAAAUGAUGUGCACAACCUUUUCGCCGGGUGGUAUGUUUUUAGCUGCCGGCUCGGCGGAUCAUCAUGUGCGUGUCUAUAUGAUGGCUGAGGAUGGCCCGAAACGCAUAUUGGAGACGGAGGCUUACACAGAUGCAGUUGAUUCCGUUCAAUGGUCGCAUCGUGGUCUGAGAUUCAUAUCGGGUAGUAAAGAUGGCACGGCACAUAUAUGGACAUUUGAGUCCCAGCAAUGGAAAAGCACGAAACUCUGUAUGACAGAGCGAUUGGUCAGCUGUCCGGAGCCAGAGGAGGGUAAAAAGCUUAAAGUUACCAUGGUGGCUUGGGAUGCAUCCGAUCGUUAUGUCAUCACGGCGGUAAACGACUACACGAUCAAAAUCUGGGACUCAAAGACAGGGAAAUUACAUCGCGUAUUACGCGGUCACAAGGAUGAGCUUUAUGUUCUGGAAUCUAAUCCAAAAGAUGAGCAUGUCCUCCUCUCAGCUGGUCAUGAUGGCCAGGUGUUUCUCUGGGACAUUGAUCAAGGCGUUUGUGUGGCUAAUUUCUUCAAUGAUAUCGAUGGACAAGGUCAUGGCAGUGUUUUUGAUGCCAAAUGGUCACCAGAUGGUACAAUGAUAGCAGCCACAGAUUCCCAUGGUCAUAUACUAAUUUUUGGUUUGGGAUUGGGCAUGGAGAAAUACAAAAUGCUGCCAACGGAGCUGUUCUUUCAUACUGAUUUUCGACCAUUGCUGCGAGAUGCCCAACAUCAUGUGGUGGAUGAACAGACACAAAUUAUGCCUCAUUUAAUGCCACCGCCAUUUCUUGUUGAUGCUGAUGGCAAUCCACAUCCCACCAAAUAUCAGCGAUUUGUCCCAGGACGCGAAAAUUGCAGUGCCGAUCAGUUGAUACCCAAUUUGACAAUUGGCGUUGAUGGUGUAGUCAUUGAAGAUAAUGCUCCGGCCAAUUUGAUUCAACCUAAUGCUGUGGCACCUGUCGCCGGAGUCGGAGGAGCUGUUCAUGGGCCCGCCAAUUAUUCUCACAUAGAUCGCAUGAUAGCAGCUUUGGCCAAUCGUCAGGGAAAUUCCAAUGCCAAUGAUGGGAAUGCCAGCAAUGCGAAUCAAUCGUUUGAACGUCUUACAAACCGACAGCAACCAGAUAGUCGGCAAUCCCCACGUGGCAAUGUUCUAGGUGGUCGUUUGGCUCAAGGAUGGGCAGCAUCAGCAGCUGUACCAGCGGCAGCUCCAGCGGCUCCAGCAGCUCCAGUAGCGCCUGCUGCGGGUGAGGAACAAGCGCAGCAGGGUGCACCACAGCAGGCCGUACCCAUAAAGUUUGUGCGCCGCACCUAUGUCCGUCCCAUGAAAUAUGCCCAACAGCAAAAUCUUAGGCAGACCAUUUAUUCUGCUGGUCAGUUUGAGUCACAAGAGUACAAACGGGAGAUGCGCCGCCGACCGAUUAUGAUAAAUACGGCCAGCGCUGCCUCAGCCCAUCAACAAGCUGGUGGCACGGUGGGUAGACCACGGAAUACCCGCUCUAAUGGUACAGGAGGGCAAGGACGACCUGGUCGUCGCAGGGGCGCACAAUCUGGCGAACAACCCGCCUAUCGGACACGAGCUGUACGAGAUCAGGAACAAGAUCGUCGCUACGAUGAUGCAGCUCCGGUGCAUGAAGAGGAGGAGGAAGAGGAUACAGCCAGCAACACAUCAGGAGAUACAAGCUAUUCGAAUGUGGAGGAAAAUCUAGAGGAUAGCAGUGAAGAGUCCGAAACAGAUAGUUCAGAUUAUUCCGAUUGGGUGGCAGAUACGCCGGGUCCCAAUCUAGAGCCUCCAAAACGAUCCAAGCGAAAACCGUUGUCCCGUCGUCGUACCAUCAGUGACGAUAGCAGUGAUGACGAGCCCACGGCCACAGCGGCAGCAGCAUCGGGUUCUGGUGGCCAAGCAGCUGGUGGUCAGGGCAGAAGAAAAGGACGCAAACGUGUUCUUAUCCCACCAACAGCACCUAAUGGUGAAAUACCCGAGCUUUUCAGACCAGCCGAGUGGUUAUCCGAGGUGAUUCCAAGAAAGGCUCCCUACUAUCCUCAAAUGGGAGAUGAGAUAGUCUACUUUCGUCAGGGCCAUCAUAGAUACUUGGAAGCUGUUCGUGCUAAGAAAGUCUACAAAUUGUCCCAUAGCUCGGAACCCUGGAACUUUCACACGCUUCGCGAUCAUGAGUUGGUCCGUGUAAUUGGCAUUAAAUACGAGAUUCGUCCACCUCGGCUUUGCUGCCUCAAGCUGGCCAUGAUCGAUGAUGAAGGCAAUAUGACGGGGACAACGUUUAAGAUAAAAUAUCAUGACAUGCCGGAUGUUCUUGAUUUCUUAGUGCUCCGCCAGACAUUCGAUUUGGCAGUGCAGCGCAAUUGGAGCAUCGGUGAUCGGUUUCGAUGUAUGAUUGGCGAUGGCUGGUGGAUGGGUCAAAUUGAAUCGCGACAUCCGUUGGCUGCUGAUUUUCCCGAAUCCUUUUUUAUGUGCUUUCGCGUUCGUUGGGAUAAUGGAGAAUAUGAGUAUAUGAGUCCCUGGGAUAUGGAACCUAUCGAUGAGCAACGCCUUCCCGAUGAAGAAGGCGGAGCAGUUCCCGUUCUACCCGAGGAAAUACGAGCUACCCUUUAUCAGCCAAAAUCAGAGGAAUGGCAUCGGGGCGAUCGGGAUGGCACUUGCCGACGUAUCAUCAAUGGUCUGGAACAAGUUAUGCGGCUAUCAAUAGCUGAACAUUUCCUUGCUCCUGUCGAUCUAAAUAUUUAUCCGGAUUAUGCCUAUCUCAUCGAAUAUCCCAUUGAUUUGACGACAGUGAAAUCAAGAUUUGAAAAUCAUUUUUAUCGCCGCAUCACAUCCGCUCAGUUUGAUGUACGCUAUUUGGCUACGAAUGCAGAGCAAUAUAAUCGCCGACAUACAAGUAUAGUGAAGCAUGCUCGAAUUGUAACCGAUCUGUGUCUAAGGAUCAUUAGGGAUGCGGAUGAUAUUGAUGUGGCUGCUGUCUAUCAUCAAUUGGUUGAUGUUUAUCAUUCAUCCGAAUCGGAAAACGAGGUUGACUCCGAUGUAGUACCAUCUACCAGUACAGGACCAACAACUUCCGCUGCAGCUGCCCGCCAGCGCGUCUCCUCCACGAGAAGAUCCAAUCGCAUACGUUCUGAUGGUGAUUGGCGUUCCGAUUGCCGUCAACUGUUGGAUUUGAUGUGGCUGCGACCCGAUUCGUUGCCAUUCCGUGAACCAGUCGAUACGAUUGAGUUUCCAGAUUAUUUGGAAAUUAUAGCCACACCCAUGGACUUGCGUACGGUUAAAGAGGAUUUGCUUGGAGGGAACUAUGAUGAUCCAAUGGAUUUUGCCAAGGAUGUUCGUUUGAUAUUCCAGAAUUCCAAAAACUACAAUACCAACAAACGGUCUCGGAUCUAUGCCAUGACCCUGCGUCUCGGUGCCCUCUUCGAGUCCCACAUUAAAACGGUCGUUACGAACUGGAAGGCGUCCCGCAGACGUGCAAAUAAGAAUAAAUCCGGCAGUAGCGGUGGCAGCGGUCGUGGUGGUUCCAGUAGUCCCAACAAAAGAAAAGCCACAGAAAGAGCUACACGUCGCAGUGGGCAAAAGCCAGCAACAGCAGCACGUCGUUUACCUGUGGCCCAUUCAAGCGAAGAUGAGGAUGACGACGACGAUGAUGAUGAUGAUGAGGAUGAUGAUGAGGCUGCUGCUGCAGCAGCCACUGCUCAGUCCUCAUCUCGUUCGCGAUCGCGACGUAAUGGUGGAUUGGGUGCUGCGGGAAUUGUUGCCAGUAAUUCGGGUUCAAAUCGUGUUACUUCUUCAUCUUCGACUGCUGCCCAGCCGAAGAGACGUCAAAGAAUCAGCAGUGAAGAAGACGAAGAGGAAGAUGAGGAGGAGGAUGAGGAAGAGGAAACUUCGGAGGCCAGUAGCGAUGAGGAUGAAGGCCAUUCAAAUGAAAGUUCACCGCAACAAAGACGACCUCAACGUGGCCAAGCUCGGCGACGACGUCCAGCGGCUGGUAAUAGCGAUGAUGACUUCAAUGCAAAUGACUCGGAGGAGAGCUACAAUCCCAAUGAAAAUAAUAACCGUCGUCGUCGUGCUGGUGGUGCCGGCGGCAGUAGGAAACAGCGUGUUUCCAACAAUGGUCAACCACAUGGCAGAAAACGGCGAAGUUCAGAGGAGCAAACAGGAGGACCAACAGUUCCAACGCGUCCCCGUUCUAGACGUCUGAUGGGCGGAAGCUCCGAAGAUGCCUCUGCCUCCCAUUCGCAACAAGAUGAAAGCACUCAGGAUAGCCAUAAUCAUGUCACGCCAAGGAAAAGAGCGAAAGUCGGGCGAUCUUCCUCUCAUGCUAUCCCCAAUGGUCCAAGUACCAGUGCAGCUGGUGCUGCAGCAGGAGUUGUCGAGAGUCCCUGUCGCAAUACACGUGCCAAUGGUGGCAGAUCAUCUAGUGGUCAACAUCCGACUGAAAAUGAUCAUAGCUAUCAUCUGCCAGUGCGCAAUGGACGGAUUAUAGAAUCCGAUACAGAUUCGCAUGGUCAUAGUGCAGUGGGUAGACCGACGAGGCAAAGUGCCAAGCGUGCACUUAUGGAUUGGGGACGGGGCAGUGAUAUAGAAGAGGAGAGCGAAGAAGCGGAAGAGAUUUUACCCACACCCACCAAGGAUGAUAUGCCAUCGACGAGUCGCGCUGCAUUGGCUUCAGCUGCUGGUACUUCACGACAAUUGCGGACGAAUCGCAAUACAGUGGUUAGAACCGCACCCAGCGAUGACGACGAGGACGAUGAUGACGACGAUGAUAGUGAUAAUGAGCCGCUUGCCAAUAAUCAGCAAAAAUCUGCCCAAAACACGCCAUCAAAAGCAUCGAUAGCGACGACGUUAACGCCAGCGGCCGCAACGGUAGCGCCUCAUCCACUAGCGCUGCGACGACGCCUGCCAUCACCGAUCAGGAGCACCCACAUGACCCGUUCACAUGCCACAUCAACGACGACGGCAACAACCACUCAAUCCACCUCACAGCCGUCGGGUCUUGCCACACAUGAUCAUAAUUAUCUGAGCUCACGGCAAGGUCCGAGACGUAUGUUGUCACGUCAUCAGCGUAAUGCCGAUGAGCUUGAUACUAGCCUAGAUCCCUUGGAUAAUUCCCGACUGUUAAAUGGCAUUGUUAGUCGUAAUAGUCGACAACCCACCUCAACCACCACCAGCGCCACCACUAGCACACCCAAUAAUGCUAGUAGCAUAAGCACGCGUCGUCUACGUGGACGUACAAGUCAGGAGAAUUCCCAAGAGGAAGAGCAAGCGGAAGAGGCUGCGGCUUCUGAUGAGGGUACCGAUGGUGGCUCAACCUCACAAAGCAGCGCAGCGGAGUCGGCUACGGAUUCAGAAGACAAUCAGCCAUUGACCAGCUAUGUGUCGCCAAGCAAUGGAGGAGGAAGCAACCAGCAACGACGCAAGACCAAAAACUCAUCAACUCCAGCCUUAAAUCAAAGACAACGUCGUCCCACUCGUCGCCCGCCAUCAGAUAAUUCAUUCAUUAAUGAUAAUAAUGAUGAUGAUGAUGACGAAGAAGAAGACGACGACGACGAUGAUGAUGAUGUGCCUAGAAGUAGGCGUCGUCCGAAUUCCAAUCGCCGUGGCCGCAAUCAAAAGCGUCCACGCUACAAUGAGCAAUCUGAUGACGAUGAGCAGCAACAACAGCAGGAACUGCCACGCAAAAGAAUGCGUAAUGGUAAUAGCUCCCAGGAGCACGAUACCAGAGAAUCGCGUCCACGUUCAACUGGUUGGGAAGAGGACGAUAAUGGCCACAGCAGUACCGUGGACAGUGAUGAGCAAUUGGUCAGCGUCAGCAGUCGCGGUCGAGUGCGUAAAAUCUCAGCCAAAGCGCGAGGCAUUUUCAAGGAAUGAAGUAGUGGAUAAUCUCCACUUCCAAAAAAAUACAACAACAACAAACCCAGAUGCAGACUGUUUUAUGUAUAAAUUUAAAGAUAAAGGAAAUCUUGAUAAAAUGAAACUUUUUUAUAGAGUCACUUAGCUUCUUUAUUGAUUAAUGUGUAAGAAUCACGUGUCACCUCACCCCUCACUUCAUCGAAGGCCCCACAUCCACCACCACCAACCUUUCCUCAUUAUUCCAAAAACAAACUUAGGCCUAAGCAUAAAGUGUUCUCAUUAAGUAUAUCAUCGAAACCUUCUCGCCCACACCAACAACAAUCCCUUCAUCUAUCCUACUUUAUAUAUCACACACAUCAUCAUUAUAUUUGUUUAUUGUACUUUAGUCCACUUAUAUUUUGUGGUGUCUCUCAAUGAAAGCCCAUUAUUUUUUCUUAUUCUUGUAUGUAUUUUCUAUAUAUA